UGCUAUAAAAACAACCGCAAUUGCUUGAAAACUUCGUCAAUUUGCAGUAACAUUUACAGUGAUUACAGCUGAAAAAAUCAAAACUAAAACAAAAAUGUUGGGUCGUCUUAGUGCUUUGUUGUUGGUUGUUUGCGUAAGCAGUGCCUGGGGUAUUCCCUUCCUUAGAGAAUGCACCAACGUUAAAGUUGUUGAAAACUUCAACUUGGAUAAAUUCAUGGGUACCUGGUAUGUCUACUCUGGCUAUCCCGCUGUUCACAAUGCCGAACAAAAAUGCCAAACUGAAGUCUAUGAAAAGAAAGGUGACAAUAUCGUUGAAAUGAAGAGCUCCAGCUACUACACUAAGACUGGUUCUUUCGAUACCUACAAGACUUCUGCUCGUUAUGCUGCUCCCGCUAAAUUCGCCAUGACUUUCAACCAAGAAUACCCCAACCAACCCAACUACUUUGUUUUGGGUACUGAUUACGAACACUAUGCUGUCAUCUACAACUGCAUGGAAUUCGAUAAGCCCGCUCACACUGAAAUGCUCUGGAUCUUGACCCGUGAACGUGUACCUCAAGCCGAAUAUGUUCAUGCUGCUGAAGAAAUCGUCAAGGAACAUCACUUCCCCACCAACGCCUUGUUCCCCAUUGAUCAACGUAAUUGCCUUGCUAACCAAUACAAAACUCUUUAAAUUGUUUUUUUCCAA